CGUGAUCUCUGAUCGGGCCAUGAACUUCCCCCGCGCCUUCGUCACGAUUUAGCACAUUUCACCCCUCAUCACCCCCCAUCAUGGCCUCCGCGUCCUCCAACAUUAUCUUCGACGACAUCUUUGCCGUCGAGGACAUCGACCGCGCGGGCAAGAAGUUCGACCGAGUAUCGCGCCUAUGGUCGAAGUCGAAGAACUACGAGAUGGAGCUCGAGCUCGACUACAAUAUUGAGCUGUUUCCGUUGUCAAAGGGGGACCAUGUCGCAGUAGCGCUCGCGUCGUCGCUUUCGAGGGAACCUGUUGGUGUUGCGGCUGAGGGGGAGGAGGCGGACAACAAGAACACCUGGAGACCAGGCAUCAGCGCGAACCCGGGCUUGGAAGAGGACUAUGACUACGUGAUGUUUGGGAAGAUCUACAAGUACGACGAGAGUACGGGGGAGAGAUCGACCGUAUACGCGUCAUUUGGUGGACUGUUGAUGGCCUUGACGGGGAACAACCGACAUCUGCAGAACCUCACUCUCGGCGAGUCGGUGUACAUCCUACUUCGCAAGUAGACCAUACCAUCCAUUUCGAGACGUACGGACGCCAUCCAUUUCCACGUAUCUUCUAUUGUUCGUUGGGUAUACAUUCUGCUUUCCGCGCGUUCA